AUGCUUCAGUACCUCUUUGUGGGCGAGCACUGUUGGAGCUACGUUAUGUUGGAUUGUGGUCAGGGCACUUCAUUGCUACGAGCCUCUCUUCGUGACCAACCCGGCUGGUGGGCAAGUAAAGUGACCAAUGAGUCUCAACCAGAAGCGGCCAUUUUUUUCGAAAAAACAAGGUCUCAUUUACUGAACUCUUUCCUGAUAACUAAGUUGCGGUUCCUAUGGAAACAUGUGCAGGUCACUUUCAAUCAGUGUGAACUAAUCUUUACACUUACCCACUCUCCCAACCCCGAUACAUCUGUCCUGAGACUGUCAGAGUCAUGGAGUUAUACAGCAUGGAAGCAGGAGUCGGGAACCCUGGAUGAAAAAGGCUGUUACCAGAAAAAAAGAAGUUUCAGAAUGUCUGAGGGUGGGAGUGUGUCCCCACUGCAGACUGUGAUGGUGCAGUGUGGAGAGCAGAAGCUGCAGGUCAGGGCCCAGUUGGAUUUAUUUGGAACCAGGCACCUAAUUAAUGCUGCUGACCUGACCCUGGGGACAGAAGGCUGUCAGCCAACCAGGAUCUACCCUGAGAACCACACUGUCCUCUUUGACUAUGGCCUGCAUGAGUGUGGCAGCAGAUUGCAGAUGACUGGAGACUUCCUGAUCUACACCACCCACCUGACCCACAUUCCAAACUAUCCUGGAUCUGUCAUUGUGAGAACCAAUGGAGCUGUCAUUCCCAUUGUGUGUCGUUAUUUGAGGACGGGCAAUGUGAGCAGUGACCCCAUCAAGCCCACCUGGAUCCCAUUCAGCUCCACCAGGUCUGGAGAAGGGCAUCUGUCAUUCUCCCUGCGUCUAAUGAAUGGUGACUGGCUUACAGAGCGCACUUCCACUCUCUACUCCCUGGGAGACCUCAUUCACAUUGAGGCAUCUGUUUCAAUGGACAACCACAUGCCCCUGAAGCUGUACAUUGACCGUUGUGUAGCUACACUGAGCCCAGACAAGGACUCCAGCCCCGGAUACAGCAUCAUUGACUACAAUGGUUGCCUCAUGGACAGCAAAGCUGAGGACUCCUUUUCAACCUUUGUGUUGCUGAGAGACCAGCGGGAGCCGGACAAGCUCAGGUUUGACCUGGAUGCCUUCCGCUUCUAUGGAGACGAACUCUCCUUGAUUUUCAUCACUUGUCACCUGAAAGUUGCUGCAGUAGAUCAGGGAAAUUCCAGGAACAAAGCUUGUACUUUCCAGAAGCUGCACCAGAUCUGGACCCCACUGGAGCAAUCGACCAGUGACAUUUGUGCCUGUUGUCAUGUGGGGAACUGUGGUAGCACAGGGGAGAUCAUCUUCUCCUCCAGAGGAAGGAGAGACCUUGGACCUGAAGCUGGUAGGUCACUGACCCCUGAGAUGAUGGGGCUAUACAACCUUUCCCUGAACCUGACUGUACUGUUCUCUCCUGCAGAGAGUGAAGCUGGAUUGAAGUGGGAGGGUGAGGCCUCGCUUGGCCCCCUGCUCAUUGUGGAUCCUGAGCUGACCAGCCUGGCGACUGAGCCCCUGACUGAGGUUGAGCAAAGGAUGCAGGAGAUGUCUCCAGGCGGUGUGCAGUCUGAGCUGGUUGUGAUGCUGUCCCUGACAGUGACAGCUGUCUCCCUGAUCUCUGCUUUGUUGAUGGCCUUGAUCCUAUACAGGAAGCACCAGCCAGCUCCACUCAACUAUUGA